CGCCCAUGGAGAGAAAAACCCCUCUCAACCCCACGGAAAAAUUUCAAACUCUACACGCGAUUAUAUAGAAUGAUCCUCUCGUAUCGUUUUAUUGGAUGGAUUGGAUAUGUACAAUGUAAUUUGUACGUGGGAGUGCAGUUUGCAAUUUUUAUACGCGGCGGGAUUUGAAAUGCCCGCGGGGAGAGAGAGGUCACGUGGUCCAAGAUGGCGGCGGCCAAUGAGGAGAGGCGCGGUAGUUGCUUGUUUUGAAUGGCGGGAGAGAAAGGAGACCACGCUGCAGCGGGAGGGAAAAUGUCACGUGAAGAUGAAUCGCAAGAAACUCCGUUUUGAUUACUCCGGAGGACCUCAAAAGCAUGUUGACGAUCCAGUUCGGCCAGUGUGGUAAUCAGCUUGGACAUUCAUUAUUCUCAAAGAUAUCGGAGGACAUAAUUUCAAAUAAGACAGGGGUUUCUAGAGGGGAUAAUGGUUGGUACACCGAGGCAGCUUUCGAGAAGUGGUUCGAAGGGAUCGCAAAGAAUGGCAGACACUUGGCCAGGGCGAUACUUGUGGAUACAGAACAGAAGGUGGUCAACCGAGUGUGCGGAGACUCUGCAAAGGUCUGGACAUACAGUUCGCAGAAUUUAGUAUAUCGAGCUGGUGGAGGUUCCGCUAAUAACUGGUCUUAUGGAUACAUGGUGAAAGGGCGAGAGCUCGGAGACGAGACUCUGACAGUAGCGAAGCGAGUGGUCGAGAGAUUGGAUCGCUUGGACGGCAUCCUCUUGCUGCUCAGUUCUGCCGGAGGCACUGGCUCUGGCGUCGGCAGUCACGUAGUCGAGCUUCUACGCAACGAGUUCCCUACGAAAACCAUCGUCGCAGCGAUCGUCCUGCCCUUCAGCUCUGGCGAAGUCGGAACGCAGAAUUACAAUACACUGCUGACGGUGGGGAAGUUUUGUGAUAACGCAGACAUGGUGAUUUUAUUCGAGAACGAGCAGAUACAUGGAAUCUGCGUGCAAUUGUUGAGGAACUUCGAUGCAAGGCUGCAGCACUUGAACGAUGUGGUGGCGCAGAAACUAAUCUCUGUUUUCCAGCCUGUGAGGGACACUCGGAAUGGUGCGAACUCUUUAGUUUCUCAAAUUGUUCCGCAGCCAUGCUAUCGACUCGCUGCGAUAAGAAGUACGCCACACGUGCCUCCGUUGUCCACUCAAUACGAAUCGGCCUGCAAGUGGGAGACCUAUGUCCGACAUAUCAAACAGACCUUACGAGUGCCUAUUUUCAAUGACGAAUUGACAGACAUGGAAACCAGAGCUCUGUCUCGUCUGCCCAGCUCUACGAAAGGAUUUCAAUACUCUCGAUCGGUUGCAAAUCGACUCAUGGCCCGUGGAAAUUCUGGAAAAAGUGAUCCGAUAGUUUGUGCCGAUCUAAUGGAUGACAAUUUAUACGCCAAGUGGAUGCCUAGGCACAGUAGAUUCGAUUGUAUCAACGAAGCAAGACAGUUACUUGGCCAGGAUAAAUUCCUGGCUCUCGUUACCAACAAUUCUCAACUUAACCGGCCCCUAGAAGCAACCGUAGCCAAAGCCUGGAACGCUUACACUCAUUCUGCAUUUUUACACCAGUACAAGCGUUUUGGUCUCGAAGACGAUGACUUUUUAAAGGCCUUCGCCAAGAUCGAAAACAUCAUCAAAGUUUACAACGAACUGGAAACUAAGACCGAUACGCAAUAACUUAUUUAACAUUUAAUCGGAGCCCACGAAGACAAAUCUCUUGGGCAUGCCAGAUAAGUCAAAUUUCAAACAUGUUUAUUACUGUUAAAUUUAAUUUAUAAAUCUUGUACUUUAAAGUCAA